GUCUACGGUCUGGAAGCUCCGAUUGAGGGCUAUGGUGUCAUAGAGCUUCAAUGGGAGGUUGAGACCACCCCUGGAGGUCCAACUGUACUUGUUAACGGCACGAUCGAACAAGUCUACGACAAGCUCACCAAAAUUAAUCCCAAUUUCACAACCGAGUACCCACUCCAAUCGCGACAUCGUGGAGCGAGCGGAGCGCGAGAAAAACGCUACACUGUAGAGUCCUAUUUUUGCUGGUCUCGAUGGCCUUAUACCUCAUUGUUUACCAUCGAAGAUGGUAUUAGCUAUUUGAGAGGAGUCCGAGGGCAGCCCACAAACGGCCCAGGACCUGGAAACUGCGGUAGGGUCAGUUGUUCAUAUCAGUCUGCUAUCUGGUGGUGUAACGAUAAUUCGGGAUCGAAAACGUUGCAAGAUUUCGGCGAUAUUGCCGAUGGCGCUGAAGUCAUCACUGACAAUUGUCAAGCUACGGUUGUUGUCGCCGGUAUACCAGAGGUUGUUACAGCCGGUCAGGUAUUUUACACCGAUGCCUGGAAUGUUAUUGUCCGGAAGGAUACAGAUAAUUGUUAA